CUUGUCUUGACUUGCUCGGGGUGCGCUAUUUUUCAGCGUGAGUGUGCUCCACCUCCACGCAUGUGGAACCGCGAGUGUGCUGUAGUCAGAGAGGGCGAGAUCGUUUGUGUUAGCCAGGAGCGCGGAAAGUCAGGGGCUCAGUUUCGUAUUUCAACAUCCGCGGCAGUGCCCGCAGCCUUGUUGGUGUAGUUGUACGGGACGUUCCGAAGAUGCCAGCCCCGGCCAGUGACAAUCCUGCCUACUACCCGACUGACGGGGUUUUAAACUGGGGCAAAUUCGUCGUCUGCGACGCUCGCACGAAGAAGGAAUCUGUUUACGAAUGGUCAAACGGAAAGUACGUCAAGCGAGGUGGUAUCACCAUUGGACAGCGGGUGGUGCUGGGAGAAUUCCGUUCACCAGAAGCGGUCAAGUACAACGGGCUGCGGGGCUACGUUAGAAGUAUCUAGUACUUGUUGGCUGUAGUUUGAGUUUCUUGUCUUUCUUCAAUCAAUCAAUGUCUGGCUAGGCGCAGGCGCUUAUGUCCGUGGCAAGACGCAUGAUGAAAGAAUGAAUGUAGCGGAAACAAGCGCAGAAAGCGUAUCUUUCCAUUCAGUGUUCGCCACUACCUAGGUGAGAAGGACGGGCUCUACAGCAUCCACUGCGAAGGAUGCGAGGGUUUCCCCUACGGGGCGAUGAUGACGUGCGAGGACUGCAAUCUGUUUGUCUACGGCGACGACGGGCAGCUGUACCACGCCCGCCCGAACGCGGACCGCGCGGCCCUGGAGGAAAGCGGGAAACCGCAGUACAUCGAUGUGGACCAGUACAAAAAGAUCGUUUCUGUCAUCGAAGAGUGCCAGCAGCAGCAGGCGCUCCCGCCGCAAGUCUACAAAAGCGUGCCGCUCAUGUUUCCGGGUCACGCGGAGCAGGAUUCUGCGCCUCCACCGUCGCAACUCAGUAGACCGGCAGCAGCUCCACCACCACCGUCUUAUCCGAGCUACCCGACGGACGAGGAGAGAAACAGCGUGAUUCCUGAAGAGUACAGCCCGAAGGCGAAGUCCCCGAAUCCGAUGAAUGUUCGAUCGAGUGCGCAGCAAGAGCCACCGGGAAUGACGAUGCUCCCGAGUGACGUCGAAAAGUUGGACCUUGGGCAAAUAACGCGCGACGCCGGCGCGCUAGUGGACUACGCGCGGACGACAGUCGCGGGCUGGUUCGGACGGGAAAGUGAAGGAGCACAGGUCGGGAUCCCCAAGGUUGCAGAUGCAAAUAACAUCGAGGAAACGCUCCUGCCGCCGGAGUCCUCGCCGACGUUUGGCGCUGCCGGAGGAGCGUCGUCUUCGAGCUCGGGAGCUCCGCGGAAAUCAGAACUGGAUCUGCAGCUGGAGGCCGAGAUAGCAAAAGCACAAGCCUCCUACGAGAAAGCUCAAAGGGAGUAUGAGCAGACAAAGCGGGCGAGCGAAGGUAUGUGUGCUGAUGUGUAAUGUCGUCCACUUCUCCUAGUGAAACCAGAACCACGUCGCUCGCUUGUACUGAAUGAAUUGCAGAAAAAAUGAUCAAAUCAAAUUCAUUCGAGGAAAUGGAAUUUGCUUGUGAAAAAACUUACCCCAGGUCUCGCCCUGCUUGGAAAGAAAAAAAAGAAGCCGCAACCGGAGGGCGAAGCCGCACGCGGGCCAUCGACUAUCGUGCUUGGCGGUUUGGAUCUUUCGGACGACCCGGCCUUUGCAGAAGUGUUGAAUAACAACGACAAUAACUUUGUCGACGGCGAGGUUGGCGCGUUGUUGCCGCCUGGCAGCGCGACGUCCUUAUCUGGAAAAAAUAAGCUCACGUCAAAACAGAUAGUGUCGAUGCCGAUGCUGACUAUGCCGGAGCUUAAGAAGCAUCGGCUCGAGUCGAAAGAGGAACUGCUCCGCUCACAGAAAGGCAGUAAGCGAGAGGACACAAAGUCGGGGGUCGCGGGAGCAAAUGUCGUCGCCGGUACGACACUGGGAUCGGGUACUUGGAAGUUCUUAUAAUAUCUUCUCUGUCGUAACUGUUUCACAUAGUUUGGCGACUGCGCAACUUCUGGUCACUGGUAUAGCCCAUUCUGUCAAAUGAAAACGACAUGCAUGAUUAUAGAAAGAAGGAACAAAGGGAAGCGCAUCGAUUACUUUACGAUUUCCACAUUUUCCACGUUCCUGCAGGUCUUCUCCAACCCAGCAGCGCGACCAUGCUCGACGCCCCGAGUUUGCACGAGUACGCCGCUAAGGAGCGGGAGAAGUUUGCGAGGCAAGAAGCGGAGCGGCAAGAGGCCAACCGGCGGGUGCAGGAAUCAGUGAUGCAACAGCAGGUGAUGUACGAGGAGAUGCAUCGCCGAUUCCAGGUCGCAAUGACACCGGUCGACAGCCUCGAGGCUGCUCCCGACGGUAUAGUUGGCGCAUCUCGAGGGCGAAGUCCGGGUGGUGCGACAACCAUGCUGCAGAUACUGCAGCCGAACCCGGAAAUAGCCCGGACCGGGCCGUCCCUCACGCCGCUGACGAGGGAGGGGGCACUGAAUGUACUGAAUUCAUCUUCAGUAGAUUUGGGGGCAUGCAAAUCUUCGCAUCUUGAUCUUUUUGGCUCAACGAACGUCAACAGUUUCUAUUGGUACACCUAUGAUGAACAAUUAUUUCACAGACCGGCGCGCGACCCGCGCUGACGACGGGAGACCUUGGGCACCUCGUACCAACUCCGCGCGAGCUUCAUAGCACUGCGAACCGCCAUUGGGGUACACACAUCCCGUCGGGGAUUCACAAAACGGCGCUCGCGCAGGAGACUGCUCUGGAGAGCGGCGUGCGACACAUCGGAGCUGGACAGUAUUUCACUGAGGAGUUCUACAGAAGCAUGACUCGCUGAAUUGAAAGAAUCGGAAAUCCUUGGUUGAAUCGAGUGUGAAAAUUCGAUCCAUGUACUAAUUUUUUUCCACAGACCUGGCGCCUCAAGCUCACGCUUGCGAACGCAAAGCGACACGGUGAAAGAAGCCUAUCACAUUCCGGAGCAUGCAGCGAGCAUCCAGCAACAGGCCUCAAUUCGGUCCAAAUCAGAGGCACCGCGAUUACCAGGGAGCGGAAACUGGCGUGUGACGCGCGACCCGGAUACGAAUCGAACCAUGUUUUUGCCUGCUGAGGCUCCGUCACCUGAGAAAAAGAAGAAAGACCCGAACAAGAGCGUGGCAGCUGCGGGGUCAGCAGCGCCCCCAUCGUCCGCGGCGGCGCCAAGUGAGGAGGGAUAGUUGAUGUCUGCAGUAUUGGCGCUCAGUCCUACCUCUGGACUGCCAUUCGGUUUUGGAGAUGAGAUGCAAAAAAACAAAGUACAAGACUUCAUCUCUAUGCCAACGUCAUGAAAAAACAACGUGGUUGAAAGUUUUCCAAUACGGAGAAAUAUCAAUCGCUGUGGGAAUAUGCCGACGAUCAAUCUAUUUUCCGUAUCCAUUUUUUUUCUUUUCCAGCCGCCGAAUGAAACAGUUUUGGUAGAGGCUUAAAAUUUCAAAAAAUUUUGCCUCACAUCAACAUCAAGUGAUAUUGAAAAG